CAUACGGGCGGGGAGGAGGACAGCUGGAUGGAAAAAUGUCCUCCGUGCCUGAUGGCAAGAAACUGGUCCGUAGUCCGAGUGGACUUCGUAUGGUUCCCGAGAAUGGAGCAUUCAACAGUCCAUUUUCACUAGACGAGCCGCAGUGGGUGCCGGACAAAGAAUGUCCAAAAUGCAUGCAGUGCGAUGCGAAAUUUGACUUUAUCACCCGAAAGCACCACUGCCGGCGCUGUGGGAAGUGCUUCUGUGACAAGUGCUGCAGUAAGAAGGUGGCUCUCCCACGGAUGUGCUUCGUGGACCCGGUGCGGCAGUGCGCGGAGUGCGGCCUGGUCUCCCAGAAGGAGAUGGAGUUCUACGACAAGCAACUCAAAGUGCUUAUGGCUGGCGGUACGUUCCUGGCCACCUUGGGCACAUCAGAGAAGUCGGAGACCAUGGUGUGUCGUCUCUCUAAUAACCACAGGUAUCUCUUCCUGGAUGGGGAAAGCCACUUUGAGGUGGAGCUCUCUCGGAUUACAAGCAUGCAGGUCCUGACUGAGGGCUUCACCCCGGGAGAGAAAGACAUUCACACUUACACCAGUCUGCUGGAGAGUCAGUAUAUAUCAGAAGGUGGAAACCCCAGAGCCAGUGGCAUGCUGCUCCAAUACAAGACAGUGGGCUCUCUGGACCAGCAGCAGUUGCGCAUGGAGGCUGCAGAUGACAAGAAGGUUGCAUCCGCCUGGCUGGCUGCCAUGCACAAGGCUGCAAAACUGCUGUAUGAAUCGCGGGAUCCCUGACAUGGCGAUGAGACGGAAGGGGAGAGCUCAGACCAAGUGUUUCCUGCUGUUCAGUCUCACAUGUAUUCUGAAAUGCCUACAGUCUGUUUACUCUGCUUUCUGUUCCCACUUCAGGCAGAAUGGAUCUCUGGUUGUCAGUGCUCUUGAGAUCCACAGGUAUUUACUGACUCUAGUGCAAUAUAUACGUUUAAUAAAUGCUUUAAAUGUAGUCUCACUUAUUGGAUUUUGUAAAAACUAUUUUGUUAAAUAUUCCUAUUUUAACACAAUGAAGACGCAGUGUACUACAUACUUUUUACUGCUGAAGUAUUUACUAUAGUUUUUCUAGCAUUCAUGUAUGUUGGUUUUUCCGACACUAAGGGGUGAAUUUAAUAUUUUAUUUCAUGGAAUGAGUGGGUGUUUUCCCAAGCAAGCAAGGUUGUGAUUUUUUUCUUUUUCUUUUUAAAUUUUGUUUUAAGAAGUGCGCUGCUAAACCCCUUCAAACUACAAACAACUUCUAAAACCUGUGCUCAGCUCUCUGAAAGGAUGAUGUGAAGUUAUAAUGCUAUACAAAUACAUUUGGUUUGUGUGCAUUUAACCAAGUCAGUAUUCUGCCACCUCACACCAAAUACCAACAAAUAUUUCUUUUCAUAAAUGUCUUUGAUAUAGCUUGGUCAAUUUGAAUUUCCAGGUGGGAUCAAAAAAUAAAGCCAUGACAUAAAAUGUUCCCAUGAUAACCAAGGUUUGUCAUAAAUAAUUUUGUAACAAGUUGUUUUUUUGAUUGGGGGAUGUCAUCAAAUAAAAUGUCCUACUAUUACAGCUGUCCGCACCAAAAGUGUUGUGAUUCUAAACUAGUAACACAUUUCUUUGAUAAGAGGCAUGUUUAAAGGUGUUUGCUAGAUGUGGAUAAUGUGGCAUUAUGUGUUGCAGUGCACCAGUAUGUAUGUUAUGUCAGAUUGUGGGGUUAAUUGUCUUCACUGGACUUGCCAGGCUUUUCUUUUGAGAUUGAUAUAUUGUUUGAUACGACUGGGUGUCCUUUUCCCGAAGAAAAAAACGUUUUUUUGUAUUUAGUCAGGGACUUUGUUCUUGAAGCUUCCGUAUAAUUCUAAAGCAUUAUCAAUUAGGUAUCAUGAAGUUCUUCUCCUCACAUGAGCCUCUCCCUGGUACAAGAAUGCAGUUUGACCUGGGAGGACUAGAGGGCAUUGAAACCUCAGUAAGAAAGUACCUGCAUUCAGAUUAGUAUUCAGUUGCAGAGUAUAGGUAAAAACAAAAAAACUUAAUUGCAGUAAAAAGGUAGUCACAGAUAGGAGAUGUUGCAUAAAUACAGUCAGAAAUAGUUUUGUAACACUUUGCUAUCUCUGAUUUCCAGAUUUUUUUUACAGUACUUGUCUUACGGUAAUUUUAUUAUAGUUUACACAUGUAUGUGCAUACAAUGUUCAAUUUUGUUAUAUUAUCCUAACUCAAAUUAAAGACAGUUAUUUGUA